UAACCAAUUUUAAGGAUCUAAACAAUGGCAAAUUCGACGGGAAAAAAUCUACCUGAUCAGCGAAGGAAAGGACUAGCUUUCCUGGAUGAGCUGCGGCAAUUUCACCAAAGCAGAGGAUCACCGUUUAAAAAGAUUCCAAUCGUGGGAGGUAAAGAGCUGGAUCUGAAUGCUCUCUAUAUGAGAGUCGUCUCGUUAGGUGGAUUUGCUAAGGUUUCAGAUAAAAACCAGUGGUCCGAAAUUGGCGAAGAUUUUAAUUUUCCAAGGAGUUGUUCCAAUGCUGCUUUUGUGUUAAAACAGUACUACCUUCGUUAUUUAGAGAAGUAUGAGAAAGUCCAUCAUUUUGGGGAGGAUGAUGAGGAGGUUCAGCCUGGAAACCCCAAACCAUCGCUUCCAAUCGGUGCAAUACCCUGCUCCUACAACUACCAGCAACACACUGUAUCAGACUAUCUCCGCCAAAGCUAUGGACUGUCCACGGAGUUUGUCCCACCGUGUGAUUAUAAUAAACUGGUGCUCUCCCUGCUGUCGGGGCUGCCCAACGAGGUGGAUUUUGCCAUCAACGUCUGCACUCUACUGUCCAACGAGAGUAAACACGUGAUGCAGCUAGAGAAGGAGCCGCGACUCAUCACGCUGCUGCUGGCCCACACCGGCGUGUUCGACGACUCAUUAGGAAGUUUUUCUGCUGUGUUUGGAACGGACUGGAGGGAGAAGACAUCACGAGACUUCACGAAGUUCUGGAAGGAUGUGGUGGAGGAUAAAGAAGUGAAAGAUCUGGUGUCUGAUAAGAGCUCCACUCCACAGGAUGGCAUUGAGUGCGGAGAACAGCGCGAUUGGCUUUUCCAUCCGCCACGUGGCGUGGGAAUCGGAGAUCUGGAGGGCCAGCGUGUGUUGCAGGUGGCUGUUAUUCUGAGAAACCUGUCGUUUGAAGAGGCUAACGUCAAACUGCUGGCUGCCAACCGGACCUGCCUGCGUUUCCUCCUCCUGUGUGCCCACUGCAGCUUUAUCUCCCUCAGACAGCUCGGCCUGGACACGCUGGGAAACGUGGCCGCAGAGCUUCAGUUGGACCCUGUUGAUUUUCGGACUACCCAUCUAAUGUUCCACACCAUCACCAAAUGCUUACUGUCACAAGACCGCUUCCUGAAAAUGAGAGCGAUGGAGAUAUUGGGCAAUUUGAGUAAAGUGGAAGAUAAUGGGGUUCUGAUUUGUGAGUAUGUGGAUCAGGAGUCAUACAAAGAGGUUAUAACCCUGCUCACCUUACCCGAUGUCAUGCUGGUCAUCUCCUCUCUGGAGGUUCUGUACCAAUUAGCUGAACUGGGAGAAAUCACCUGCUCCAAAAUUGCCUCCGUGGACAGGAGCAUAGAUUUGCUGGUGAGGCUGGUAUCUGUGGACCUGCACACGUUUGGACCUGAUGCUCUGACAGCAGUCAAACUCAUUGAGCACCAGAGCUCCAGCAGUCAGGUGGCUGAGGUCCGGCCUCAGCUCGUUGAGCAUGUUCCCCCCUCCAUACAGGCUACCCCUGGGACAGUGCCAAGAGCUCCAGUCCAGUCCACUCCACCUCCAGGUAUUGUUGAGAUAGACGGGGAGAAGUUUACAGCCCAGUGGUUGAAUGCACACUUUGAGGUGAGCCCUGAGGGCUCAGUGUCACGCACUGAGAUGUACUCAGAUUAUUUGGCUACCUGCAGUAAGAUGGCACGUGGAGGCAUCCUCACUUCCUCGGGCUUCUACAAAUGCCUGAGGACAAUAUUCCCUAAUCACACAGUAAAGCGGGUUGAGGACCCGAGGACUAACGGCCAGGCCCACAUCCAUGUAGUGGGGGUCAGGCGGAGACCCAUCCCUCUCCCCAUUCAGCUGUACUACCAGCAGCAACAGCAGCAAUCACAGGGCAGCCAAGCACCACCACUCAAACAUGAAACCCCAGCAGAACAUCCGCCAGCUCAACCUCCAGCUCUGCCCCCUGGUGGGGGUGGCCAGUUUGUGCGGGCACCAGCGCCCAGCCUUACUGCCAGUCAGGCAGCACCACAGGUGGCCUUCAGUGUACAAGGAGCUGCGCACACUCACCCAUCGGCCCUGGCAGCCCCCAGGCCUCCUCCACCAGCUCCUGCAGCCAGACCCAAUGACAUCCUCAAAACAGCCAUGAUCCAGAGCUCCAUCCCCACUGCUGCUGUUCCCAACCACAGCCCAGCUACGCCCACCCAGCAGCCGGUGCUGCACCAUGCACCAGUCACGCUGUUCCAGCAGGGAGCACAACAGGGCCACGUCUUCACUGGAAGGGUGCAGGGGUGUCCGCCAGGGGGUCCUCGUCUUCCCCAACCAGCCACCCCACAGCAAGGCCAGCUAGCGUCGCCUCCGACACAAGAGGCGGUGGUUCUGGCACCACCCCAGUAUGCCAGUGCUCCGUGCUCCUCACUGGUCGCAGGAGGUCAGGUGUUUACAGUGGCAGGAGUUCAGGGUGCCCAGGGUCCUCGGGUGACGUUCCAGAACAUUGCGCCUAAGCCUGCCCCUCAAACGCAACCCCCUCACCCCACGCAACCUCCCCAUCCGCAGCAACAAAGUGUGGUCAUUGUCAGUCCAAAUCCACAGCCCAAUCCCGCAUUUGCCCCUGCCAUCCACCAGAUUGUGCUGGCCAACCCCUCCAACAUGCCGAAUGCUCCCACCAUCCAGCUCACCACUCAAUCAACACCCACGCCCUCAGCCUCCCCAUCACCAUGUCAACCUAACACCCCACCCAACCCACAGGCGCUGGCCCCUCCCUCAACUCCGCCCCAGGCCCAAGGUCCGCCCCCUACUGUCAGUCAGAUGCUGUCGGUAAAACGACAGCAGCAGCUACAGCUCCAUCCUCCCCAGCCUCCUGCCCAGCCUACCUCCACAGAGUCCAGUCUGAUCAAACAGUUACUGCUUCCAAAGCGUGGCCCCUCCACCCCUGGAGGGAAACUCAUUCUUCCAGCACCCCAGGUCCCUCCUCCCAGCAGCACCAGUGCUCCCAGUCCGCAGGUGGUUUACCAGGUGGCUAAUAGCGGCCCGGUGACUGCACAAACACCACAGCUAAAUGUCCAGUUGGUGCAGAGCUCGUUGCAGACACAGGGCUCUGUACAGACGGUGCCCAUCUCCAUCCUCCCAGGCCAGAUCCUCUCCACCAGCAGCCCUGCCUCCAUUCUGCAAGCUCCGCCCUCUAGCCAGGUUACAUUCGCGGUUGUGCCAAACCCCGGCUUCACACAGGGGGCAUCGAUCCCUUCUCAGCCAGGCCUGUCUGUCAGUGCUGCCCAACCUACGCUCGGCCUGCAGGUGCAAGGACUGACCCCUCCCCUGCCUCAGCAGCAGGCUGCGCCCUGUCCUGCCCCUACUCCACCUUUCAGAGGUGACAAGAUCAUCUGCCAAAAGGAGGAAGAGGCUAAAGAUGCCACAGGCCUGCACAUCCAUGAACGGAAAAUCGAGGUGAUGGAGAACUCCCUAGUUGCCGAAGGCAGCGCCAGGACCAGCAAUGGGGAGACAUCGCAGUCAGACGGGCCGGUGGCCAAACUGCUGAAUGGGAAAAAGUUUGAUGAGUCAGGUCUACCUCCGUACCACUCAGGGAACAGCCAACCAGAAACUCUUAACGGUCCGGCCAUGGAGCCCAGCCAAUUGCCCACCACUGGGAAACCCACAGUCCCAACCCCUGACUCCAGAAAACUGGUGAACGGGGUGUGUGACUUUGAGCGAGAUGACAGCGCAUCUGAUGCCCACCUAAGCAAAAACAUUCCAAAUCAUAAAGCUUCCAAACACAUGGGGAAUGGUGAGGUGGCCUUGGCCAUGAAAGCUCAUGGGGCCACGCCCAACUCAGACUGUCUAGCCCCGCCCCCUCAACAGGACACUGCCAAAGCAGAGCUGGCCGAGCGGCUGGCCAACGGGCCCAAAAAUGCAAUCCAUGGCACCGAACUCUCAAAUGGACCCUCCAUACAAAACUCUGACCUUCCUGUUGCCAGGCAACCACCCCCCUACCAUCACCCCCCACCCCAACCCCCCACCAGCACAAACUCCCAGAAUGCCACAGGGCCCGAAGCGUCUUUGCCGCCUACUAACGGUACAGGUGAAAGUAGGACGCUGAAACGACCGGUGGAGGACGCGUCGUCAGGCAUCCCCAGCAAAGUGGGCGUUAGGAUCGUCACGAUCAGUGACCCGAACAAUGCUGGCAGCAGUGCCACCAUGGUGGCAGUGCCCGCCGGGGCAGACCCAAGCACAGUAGCCAAAGUAGCAAUAGAGAAUGCAGCUCAGCAGAAAGCCAGCACGCUAGCGCUGCUUCCGGAAGCUACCGUUCAGCAGCAUGCAGUGUCCACGCAAGCUCCCUCCUCCGCUCUGCAACCUGGACAAGGAAGCAGUCAAAGCCCCGCCCCUCCGCCAGACACCCCGCAAGCCCCACCCCUGCCCCCAGAGCAGAUACGCAAACCCGGGCAGAACUUUAAAUGUUUGUGGCAGUCAUGUAAACGGUGGUUUGAGACGCCAUCGCAGGUUUUCUACCACGCUGCCACACAGCAUGGUAGUAAGGAGACAUAUCCUGGACAGUGUCAGUGGGAAGGCUGUGAACCUUUUCCCAGACAGAGACUAUCCUUUAUUACACACUUACAGGAUAAGCACUGCUCCAGGGAUGCCCUCAUAGCUGGACUCAAACUGGAGGAACAAAUGCAAGGCGGCAAUCAGAAAACUUCCAAGUCUCCCCCAGUGGCAGUGAGUAGCCCUGCGCUCAGAGCACAGAAAGCCAUGGUUAACCACCCCAGCGCUGCUCUGAUGGCACUUCGUCGUGGAUCUCGCAAUCUGGUGUUCAGAGACUUCACCGACGACAAAGAGGGACCAAUGACUAAACACAUCAGAUUAACAGCUGCCUUAACGCUGAAGAACAUCGCCAAGCACUCAGACUGCGGACGACAGUUGGUAAAACGGCACGAGGGUCACCUGUCUGUGUUGGCGCUCAGUAAUAUGGAGGUCUCCACCACGCUCGCCAAAUGCCUUUACGAACUGACGCACUCUCUGCAGGCGUGAGCCCAGCUCAACCCAAAAACACACACACACACACACACACACACACAAGGAACAGCUCCUCUCCUGCUGGGCUGGCUAACCAACGCCCAGUGUCCUUAGGGCCACGGGGGAAAGCUUCUCCUCUCCUCUACACCUCCACCUCAUCCCUCCUUGCGUUACGUCUACACUUGGAGUCCUCACUCCCCACAAACUGCCACGGGUCUUCCACCAGCCACUGAGAAACCAGCCGCCCACUCCACACACUCUAAUCACACCCCCAUACGAGCACAUUUUUCUACCCUGGAAGAGUGGCCAUAGGCUAACGGGGUAAAAGGGUUCUUUUUGGGGUGGGGGAGG